AUGACCUUUCCGAACGCGACUAUCAUGUCCCAAAAGCCAAGAGUCAUCAUGUCCAUAGAGGUCAUGGUUAACAAGGUUGAGCAUCUUGCUAUGGAGUUGUAUGGUGUUCAUUUGGAAACUCACCAAGGUCUUCGCUACGUUUAUUUCCCUGGCGGUGCCAAAGUCCUACCGAAUCCCAUCAUCACAUUGCAGGGGUGUCAACCAGGGAAAAUUUCCCCCAUCUUCGGACCAGAGACACUUAACGCAAUUACAGCAAAUCCUGAUUAUCAGGAUGAAGUGAAGCAAGGAUACGACUGUACAGACUGUGUCUUAAUGUUGAUUUCGCAAGCGGCUUCGGAUGGCGCAACCUUCCUUCUUUCUCUGGCACCUAUGGAAGGAACUGAGAUAAAGAACAGACUGUAUGAAUAG